AUCACGAACUUGCCUUCUCCUUAUCGAACCAAGUGCGGGAUGCCAAAGCUACGCUUCUUUGACAAAUACAGCAAAUCCAAAUGUUUCUUGGACAAACUGACUCGUUAUGUUGUCAGAAACUGCAAUUGCCGAGCCUGGUUCAUGCCAGGAGCUGAUGUCGGAAUUCCUGUUUGCGAUCUGGAAACGAGUCAUACGUGCAUGUGGCCGGCCUGGGUGCAUUUCGAGGACAAGAAAUUGGACGAGUGUCCCGUGGCUUGUGAAAGCGUGGAAUUUUCUGCUCAGAUGUCAUAUGCCCGCUAUCCGGCCAAUGCCUAUGCUGAUUUACUUCUUUCCAAAGAGAGAAAUUUGACAGGUUCACCCGAAGAAAACAGACAGUACUUGAGAGAUAACCUUCUGGAGUUAAGGAUUUAUUUCGAAUCUUUAACUUACUCUGAUGUGAGACAGGUUCCCAGUUAUGAUCUGUACAGUUUGUUAGGUGACGUGGGAGGUCAAAUUGGUCUCUUUCUCGGCGCCAGUCUCUUGACGUUUGUCGAAUAUUUGGAUCUUCUGGCAAUGGUGCUAUUCACCAAAUACAAGUAUCACAAUAAGUGAUUAGAAAACAUUGACGGACUUAGUUAGUUUGGAGUAAAUAAUAACUAACAUAAUAUUCAGUAUAAUUUAAUUUACGUGAAAUUACUAUUAUGAUUGUACAUAAAAGUAUUUCUUAGAAAAGAAAUUGUUUAUGAUAAAUUAUAUUUAUUCUGUAGAGAUUUCACCGAAAAAGCUCUCGGUUAUAUUAUAACGCAAAAAACAUUGUAAUAUCAACUUCUGAUAUUCAAAAUAUUUCUUGGGCAAAAAAUGCUAAAGCUGGAUAAUUUCAUGAUAUCUUCUACGCAAACCUGGAUAAUUUAUGAAAUCAAGUUCCUGUAAACUUAAGACUGUUACAUUGCAAUGCCUUUCCGCUAAGUGAAACAAUGCUGGUAAUUUAACAGCAUUAUCAGGUUUAGGACACUUUUUGAAACUUUGAGGACCAAAGAGGUUGUAGCAUUAUGUUUGUGAAAGCCAUCACUAAAAUUGGAAAGCUGACAAAAACGUAAUCUAACGAAAGGAAAGGUUCCCAGCUACCUAAAUGUUGAUGCCAAGCUUUUUCCAUGCUUUCAGGAAAAUUCUUGUGACAGCCUUAAAUCCGAGUGGGAGAUAAAAAAUGAAAAUUUGGUAAUCGUAACUGAUCUAAGAACUCGCAGAUUAUUGUAUUUUAAGUCCCAAAAGGUCUGAUGGCCAAAAACACUGAAUAACGUAUUCAAAAAAUUACUUGUCGACCUUGUUGAUACUAACAACAGUAAAAGAAUGUUUUGAAACAUUUAAUCCACAAGAAGAAUAAUUUAGCUAUCAUAUUUAAAAACAAAACAAUUAGUAAACCAAAUUUUGACAAGGAAAGCUCCCGACGGGAGAGAUUGCGUUAGAAAAAAAAAGUCGUUUCUGAAAUCUCUAUUUCAGCUUGAGCUUAGUGGGACGUUUAUUGCUUAUUUGGAGACGAAUGAUAUAAACUGCGAAAAAAUGACCGAAAAAUUUAAUUUUACCGUUUGUGGUUUACAAUUUGUAUUCCGUUUCCAUUUUAAAAAUCGACAAGAGAAGCGGGUGAUUUUGCAAAGGUCUGAGUAAAACAUGACCUCAGUCUUUCCCAUCUUGAAAUUGUGGCAUGUUUUUAUAAAUGCUAUGGUGGAAUAUGUUUAAUUAACUCAGAGGUUUUUUUUCAUGUCUCAGCAACUAUGGAGGUUUUACUUAAAUCCCGCCUCUUCCUGUUUUGAUGGAUUUGUAUAGGAAUUGAAAAUAGGAAAAUAUUCCCCUCUAUAUCCUUGAAUUUGGCUCGUGAUUUAGAUGUUUUUCUGAAACUUCUGAUCAAAAUUGGAUAAAAGGAAUCUCAGCCAACCAUCUAUUGAUUGUAGCGUCCCAUUAUUAUUUUCGCUUCUCUUCACUGUUUUCCUUUCUUUCUAAGUUCAUGAAGUGUCCUCAGCUGCGGAGCCAAACAAACUACUUGUCAAUUAAAUUUUACAAUAGAUAUUUCAUCCUUUUUUCUCAACCUGUCGCUGUAUUUUUAUCGUGUUCGUGUUAUUUUAGUAUUUUUCUUCGUUCUUGGUGAUUUUACGUGAAAAUUGGACAAAGUAUAUUAAUAAUAAAUAACAUUUGUGGGCGUCUACCUCAUAAAAAAGCGACAAUUUAAAGGCCUCUCAAUAAGCGUCCUACGGACUAACUCAGUGGGAACGACAGCGCACCGUUAGAAAGAAGAUUUUUGCUUGAAAUUAUCUCGUCGUAUAAAAAACGGUCUUAUAUUACUAACUCGCCAUCAUAUUUGGAUGACAUAUAAUUUAUUACUUGACGACAAUUUAAAUACGUUAAGACGAAUAAAUCACGUAUUUUCCAAAAUA